GAGAUUGGUGAACCAUGUCAACAAAGCGAUAGUCCCGUUAUCGAAUAUUCAGAAUGUCGAAAUGGAAAGUGGCAUUGCGAAAUACAAAGAGUUGUUUCCGAAGAUAAUAGAAUAUGUUUAAAAGCGAUUGCAGACUAUAAAUUUUCGUGUCUCUCGACUAUGCAGUGUUAUGUUUUCGGUCCGGAUGCAAUUUGUAAGGACGGGUUCUGCGUUUGUAACGAAAACUCUCGUUACAACGAAAGUGAAUCAUUUUGCUGGGGCAAUAGAGGUAUCGGUGAAAAAUGCCAACAAGAUAUAGACUGUUAUGUUAAUGAUAACUCUACUGAAUUGUCCUGCACGGAAAAUGUAUGUUCAUGUCCAAAUGGAACUGAUCCGAAUUCAGAUAAAACAGCUUGUGUAGAAUCUUCGCCAGGUCUUGGAAAAAGGUGCGAAAUAAACAACUGCGGUACGAAAAAUGCUGAAUGCGCAAACGGAAUUUGUACUUGCAAAGCUAACUAUUUCGAAUUGGAUAACGAAUGUGCACCAG